AUGGGCCAGAUCCUUUCUCAACCGGAGAAAGAUAAACACUCCGAGGCUAGUGCCGACAAGCACCUCGCCUACGGCCUUUCAUGUAUGCAAGGCUGGCGUAUCAACAUGGAAGAUGCACAUGCCACGAUCUUGAAUCUCGACGAAGACAACGCCGACGACCAUGUGGCCUUUUUCGGUGUGUACGAUGGCCAUGGAGGCGAGAAGUCGGCCAUCUUCACCGGCAAGCGGUUGCACGAGUUGAUCAAGCUGACCGACGCUUUCAAACGUAAGGACUACGUCAAUGCCUUGAAGGACGGCUUUUUGCUGUGUGACCAGGCCAUUUUGCAGGACUUCGAGACGCGCAACGACGAGAGUGGAUGUGCUGCCACCUCUGCGAUCAUCACCUCGUCCAAGAUUUUCUGUGGUAAUGCCGGUGACUCGCGUACCGUGAUGUCCGUCAAUGGUUUUGCCAAGGCUUUGUCCUUCGACCACAAGCCUUACAACGAUGGCGAGAAGGCCCGUAUUUGCGCUGCUGGUGGUUACGUCGAUGUAGGUAGAGUAAAUGGUAACUUGGCCUUGUCGCGAGGCAUUGGUGAUUUCUCCUUUAAGACCAACCCGGAGCUCCCUGCCGAGGAACAAAUCGUCACUUGCUACCCAGAUGUCAUUUCGCACGACAUUAAUUUCGCCAAGGACGAGUUUGUGAUCUUGGCCUGUGACGGUAUCUGGGACUGUUUGUCCUCGCAGACAUGUGUCGAGUGUGUCAGAAGAGGUGUUUACGAAAAGAAGCCAUUCACUCAAAUCUGUGAGGAAAUCAUGGAGUUGUGUUGUGCCCCUACCUCCGACGGUUCCGGUAUCGGCUGUGACAACAUGUCGAUCUUGAUUGUCGCUUUGUUGGACUACACCAAGAAUGAGACUUUGGACCAAUGGUACGAGAAGAUCCAUAGCAGAGUUGAAUUGUACAACGACAAGAUCGAGCAACACAAAGCCACUGUUGGAAACUCCGACGAUAUUGAAGCCCCAGUUUCCAUCGAAUACGCCCCCAUCUCCCCUGACUACAACGACUUGUACAAAGACAUCUUUGGUGAGCACUACAACAUCAACCUGCAAGGCAGCGGUAGCGACAAUCGCUCCAACGGCCACGGCAACUACCUGAUGUUUGGCAAUGCCUCUUUGAGCAAUCGUGAGUCCAUUGAAGAGGACCGUAACGAAGAUUUCGACCAGGGCGAGGAGGAGGAGACUCCCUUCAGCAACGGCGCUAUCUCCUUGCAAAAGUUGUUGUCCAGCAACGUCAUCACAAACGAAAACGGUGUUAUUUACUUAGACACUUCCUCUGCUCAAUCAUUGUUGGCCUCUUUUGGUAUGCCAACAGGAGGAAAAGACAGUCAGGAGGAGGGAGAAGAGGACGAGGACGAUGAAGAUGACGCCGAAGAGGAAGAGUCUGCCAACGGCUCGAAGAUUGAGGCUGUUGAAGACGAAGCAUCUUCCUAA